GUAAAGAAAAUCCACGACUCUCUUAUACCAUGGACAUUAACAACCACAAUAAGCUCACAAACAGCGGUUGGAACCUUGAACUGGCCAUAGAAGAACCUAUCCUCCAUAACCAAAACUCCUUGAUCAAUUCCUUCUGGCCAAACUACCCUCCAAUACCUCAAACCCAUCAAAUACUAUCCGCAUCCAACCAUAUUCCUAUUACAAGUACUGUACCUGGAAACCGAAUGGAAGAAGAGGAGCUGGAGCCAGAAGAGGAACUAGGAGCCAUGAAAGAAAUGAUGUACAAGAUCGCCGCGAUGCAGCCUGUGGACAUUGAUCCGGCUACAAUCCGAAAGCCAAAAAGGCGAAACGUUCGGAUUAGCGAUGAUCCGCAAAGCGUGGCUGCGCGUCACAGGCGAGAAAGAAUUAGCGAGAAAAUCCGAAUCCUCCAAAGACUUGUCCCCGGAGGUACAAAGAUGGACACAGCUUCUAUGCUAGACGAAGCCAUUCGCUAUGUCAAGUUCUUGAAGAGACAAAUCCGCUUGCUGCAAUCAACUCAGCCCCCACAAGGCAUUGGAGUUAGUUCGGGCCGGUUACUUUCCGGAGACUGGGCUUCUACACCCAACAAACUUGAUUGCUCCACCUCCUCCAUAGACCUAAUUCCGACGCCAGGACCUGAAUUUAACUAUGCUGCAGGCAACCAGCAAGGCGAAACCUUUUCCUUCAACAUUAAUAAGGUAAUUAGUGAUUAGUGGCUAAUCAUUAUUGUCUACUAUCGUUGUAGGGGAAGUUUGCAUAUGGAUAGUGUUGAAUGUUGUGUGAAAAGUAAGAGAUAUUUAGAAUAUCAUGUGGAGUAAAAGGCUGUUAGGAUAUAUAUUGUUGACUAAAAAGGUUGUGGAAUAAUCAUA